GGUGGAAGUGUCCAGCAUGUGCUCCAGGCUGUCACCUAGGAUAGUAAUGAGUUGCCUUCUUCAUUCCGGCAGGUGCAAUUCUUCUGGGCCCAGCUGCCAGAAAUCAUGGCCAUGUUUUGUGACAGGGAUGGAGGGCAUGUCAUGGAGGCCAUGCAUAAAGCUGCAGACAUCAUCUACCUCCUCAACAGGGAGGGGCUUGGCUCCAUCUCCCAGGACAUUGCCGUCAGCCUUCGCCCCUUCAUUGAUGACGAGAAGGGCAGUGUGCGCUCAGCUGCCAUUUUACUGCUUGGCAACGUGGUGAGCAGGGUGCAGGACUCCGACAAACCCUUCGUGCAGCAGGAAAUCAUCAACUGCUUGCUCCUGCUGCUGCUGCAUCUUGAAGACCAGGAUGAGAGUGUGGCACUGCCAUGUAAACUGACGCUCUUCCGCUGCGCAGAGUUCCUCGGGUGGGCUCAUUUGAAGACGCUGUUCCGCAGCAUGGCCUGGGAUGGAUCCUCACAGCUCUUGAAGCAUCUCUGCAAUUGCUUGAUAAAAAAUACUAUCCACCAUUACGGCGAUUUGUUGUCUGAAAAAGUGAAUGAAGAUGGCAUCUCCCGCCUGUAUGAAGACAUCUAG